UCUAAAGUCGGCGGAAGUUGAUAUCUCCCAAAUCGCAGUUGGAGCAGGCGCAGCGGACCGUGAAUAUGCCGAAUAUGCCCUCCUAAGCGCUGCCGUUCAGGCUACUUUCCCUGCGGCUUCGGGGACUUCGUGUGGCCGAGCGAUGCGCUAAUCGGGGAUUACAGAAGAAGAAAAAACAGGAGACUCCCUCUGCACUGUCGAAGAUCGACGGACAUUCUUCGCCAUGGAGGCGCAGUACAACCUCCGGAGCCCAGCCGUCAAAAGGCUCAUGAGGGAGGCCAAGGAACUUCAUGACGCCACGGAAGAAUACUUUGCCCAACCGCUCGAGGACAACCUUUUUGAAUGGCACUUCACGGUGCGCGGACCGCCCGAGUCGGACUUCGAGGGCGGGGUGUACCACGGCCGAGUGAUUCUGCCGCCAGACUACCCGAUGAAGCCUCCUAGCAUCAUCCUGCUGACGCCCAAUGGCCGAUUCGAGAUCAAUAAAAAGAUCUGCCUGAGCAUAUCUGGCCACCAUCCAGAGUCCUGGCAGCCCUCCUGGUCAUUAUGCACAGCACUUCUGGCUAUCAUUGGUUUCAUGCCAACACACGGGAGCGGAGCUAUCGGUUCCCUUGACUACAGCACCGAGGAACGGAAACAGCUGGCCAAAAAGUCCCAGGCUUGGAGCUGCCCCAGCUGCGGCCCUGUGGCCCGUUUGCUCAAGGAGCCCUCGGAGAGCCCCGACGACAGGGAAGCCGCUGACAAGGAAGACAGGGCUCUGGCUGCACAAAUCACUUUUAAGGAUGCGGGCGAGAGACCCAGCACACCGAAUGAGGCUGCCGCCAGCUCGGAGCCAGCACCGCCGCCCCAGGAGCCGAAGCCAGCAGCUGAGACAACAGAAGCCAACCAAGAGGAAGCGCCCGAAGCAGUGCGUCGCCGCAUGGCAGCUCAAAUCUUGGCACGCCGUGCCGAGCGUCUGUUUCAACAGCAGCAAGUCGCGGCCAACCGUGAGCAGGUGCCGCUGGCAGCGGUGACGGAAAAUGGCACCGCCACAAGCACUGCGGGAAACGACAACAUGCGCCUCGCGUAUAGCGCUACCAUGUGGCUUCUCGGAAGUGCAUUUGUGGGACUACUUAUCCGAAGGCUCUUUUUCCUGUGAUUGCCUCGGCAGAAGCUGUCUGACAUGUCCGUGCACGUGAGCAUGGAUAUUACCCACUGUACAAAGCAGAAAUCAGAAUGAACUGGUCAACUUUCUCCGCCAUCCGGAAAAACUGGAACUGGUAUCUCUCCCACUAUCCCUAGGGGUGGGAACUAUGAGCUAUGCACUAGACUGGCGAGGAGGUUCAAUAAAGUGCACACAACACGUAAAA